GCCACUGUGCUUCUACAUCUGCAUUGCUUGCUGUUAGGUUUUAAGCUGGGUUUCUGUAUAAGCACUUUGUGWCAUCUGCUGAUUUAAAAYMGGCUUUAUAAAUACAUUUGAUUGAUUGAUUAAUGACUGCACUCCUSUAGUCAGUUGAAKUAAAGGACUACAUUUCUUUCAAAGACUCAAGGUCCCAAGAUCAAUACAGGGAGAAGCCAUAACUGUACAUCAAUGGAAACAUGUUGUUGUACAAAACAGUCCAGUAAUGAUGGGAUCCUCAGUGUAAUGCUAGAAACAAACKGUUCAUGUGUAAUCUGACUGUCUGUUUGUCAAUAUGAGCCAUCAGGCCAGAGGAAACCCCAGUGAAAGCAUUGAUCCUAUAGCUAGUAAUAGAACCACUUAGCUGCAGAAUGCCUGGGAUCAUGCUAAAAGGGCCUGUCUGGGACUAAAAGGUUAGUCAACACUGACAUAUUGUUACACCAAUACACCAAGAUUUCAGCUAGAAGAAUACAUGUGUUCGCCUUUUCCAGACCAACUCUCUCUCUCUCUCUGUCUCCCCCCCUCCCUCAGUUUGAGAUCAGACAGCUCCGGGCCCACCUGGCCCAGCAGGACUUGGACCUGGCUGCGGAGCAGGAGGCUGCUAUGCAGAUCCACCAUGUGUGGGGCAAACAGAGGAGCAGCUACCAGGUGGUGGAGGGCCAGGGCCCUGGGGAGUCUGACGAUGAGGGACAUGGAGUCCUCAGGGAGACCCCAGCAGACCCUGUUGUCCAUCAUGACGACAUGAACAACUAUAUCAGCCAGUACUACAGUGAACCAAGUAGUGGUGAGUGACUUAGUGGAUCUUGGGUAAAGUYCAUAGCUGGUAAUGUAUAUGGGGCAACUCUGCUGUAUACCUACUGUAUCUUCCCCAGUCUGAUGUACUGGAUGAUGUGUCAUUUCAGACAUYGGGGGUCCUCGUGUCAUCACCACGGCAGCCAUCGARGUCCACCUCCCUAAGACCCAUUACCCCGCCCACAACAACCCUCUGCUGGGRGUGGAGCAAAUGAGRAGRGCUGUGAGUGACACRUCCACCAGRGUAUCACMGUCCAGCGGCAGUCUGACGGCCCGCCCCCAUAGCCUGAGCAGCCACACCCUGCGCUCGUCUACUACGGACUGCAGCAGCAGCACCACGGCCAGGGACUACCACACCCAGGCUAGGAACUACAAUMCCCAUACCAAGGCCCGGGGGCCUUAUCUGGACUACAAGUCCCAGAWGCAGACCCAGGACAGGGACUUUAACACCGAGCACRACAACACCCAGGGCCAGCGCUGCUUCCCCCUGCCCUACUGCAGCCCUCUGGGCCUGGGUCUGACCUCAGCCCAGCCUCCCCUUCCACGGGACCCCAGCGUGGUAGUCCAGGAGCUGCUCUCGUCCCUGUCUGAGGACUCCUGRCUGGCCCAGAAAGGCCUGGUGGACCCAGUUAACCUGAAGCUUCCCAGCCCUGCCGGCUCAGCCAAGGCCAGCCCAGAGCUGGAGCACAGAAUCAACAUCUACAACUGGAAGAAUCAGGAGGAGAACCAGUACCAGAGCCGGGGCCACAAACAGGGCAGAGCCGCAGCCACUGUGCUCCUACAGACUAAGCCUCUCAUCCACCUGCAGGGCGGCGCUCCUGAGUCCUCUUUGGAGGAGAAGUAUAGGCUACUGGGRCCUGCUGAUGGUCCACUGGGCCYUSUGCCUGAUACAUAGGGUUGAUUCACACUACUGAGCUGAGCCAAGCCGAACCGAGCUGCAUUGUGCUGGCCUGGUUAUGCAUCCACCAUAGUUGUUUGAACCGUGCUGGAAAGGACAUGUGAAAAGAAUAUGUCAGAGCCAGCACUGGUUGGCUCGGGUCGGCACAACAGUGUGAAAAGGGCAAUAGUCCAUCCCAGAGGACAGAGCAUACAGCUCAAGACAGAACUGACUGACCUGGCUUCUCCAAAUCCUCAUGCUUCAAACAAAGUCAGAGCCUGGUCCAAGAUCAAACCUGGKGUUACAAAGACCAUCUGUUAGCAAGACAGCACAAACAGAUCUGGGACUAGGCUACCGCUCUCAUGUUAGUCUUCCCUUCUCUGUGGGGCUCCAGACAGAGACAGACAGACAGACACAGCCCUCCUCGACCUCAAUCUUGGGGUGACUUUGAAUAAUGCCCKAUUUGCACAACAAUGACCCAAUGAGGACAGAGGAGACACGUGUGGGCCUAGAAAGAACCAUCAUCAGGAAAUCCCACUUUAAAUGGGGCCCCAAAUGUGAAACAAAACAGUUUGAAAUAAAACCAGCAAUGGGCCAUAUUCAAGCCUUUACAGAACACGCCUAUUCAAGUGUUCCUAUGUUAACUACAAGACAGAUUUGACAUGAGAUUUCUCUAAGUUGGGUGGGAGUGGGAGGCUUUCUUUUUAUUUGUAUUGGCUACUGUAACUGUGCAGUUCUCUCUGCUCUAACAACCAAGCCACAGGGUGCUUUCUCUGUACAAACUGUCUGUGCCAAAUAAACAGACAAUUUCUUACUAUACUUUUGUCUUUCUAUAACAGAGAUAAAGAGGUUUGUAUUGAAGUAGAGGAACAUCAACCAUAUCAAGCCUGACAUUUUCUAGCCAGAUACAAGAACAGGCAAUUGAAUAAAUGAUGGAGGAAUUAAAAGUAUGAGGAUAGGUAGUGAAUGGCCCUAAAGGAUCCCAAGAGGUACAGUAUAGGAAAAGUAUGUGAAUCUGAUUAUGAGCAGUGAUAGAGGAUUGAUGUUUUAGAUUGGAGUGCUGGUAGCAUYAACCUUUCUUUAAAAGAUCUACAGCCUGAACAAGCCAAUCCUGUGCACUUUAAUCUUUACAGAUGUUUUGUAAACUUAAUGAGGGUGAACUCAUUGCCAAAUUGCAGGUGGUGCCAUUCAAAUAAUAAAUCAACCUU